ACAACCUCUCCGCGUUUCCCGCCAAUUUUAUCAAUACCGGAAUCUUCACUCGCCAUGCCUCCCGUGGAUCCCUACGCGUGGCCGUCGCGCCGCUCGCCCAUACUCGCCACGCGUGGCAUGGUUGCCUCGUCGCAGCCGCUCGCCAGCGAGGCCGGCCUCCGCAUUCUGCGGGCCGGCGGCAACGCGGCGGAUGCGGCGGUGGCCAUGGCGGCGGCCCUUGCGGUGUGCGAGCCGUGCAGCACGGGGCUAGGCGGCGACGCCUUCCUCCUCUUCUACCGCGCCUCAACGCGCGCGGUCCACAGCAUUCAGGGCAACGGCCGCUGCCCCGCCGCGCUCUCCCUCGCGCACCUCGCGUCCCUCGGCUUCUCCCCCUCCCGCCCGCUCCCCCCCUUCGACCCCCUCACUGUCACCGUCCCCGGCGCCGCGGCCUGUUGGGCCGACGCCAUCCAACGGUUUGGAUCGCGCCACGUGUCGCUUAAAGAGGCGCUUGAGCCCGCCAUACAGCUGGCAGAAGGAGGUUGGCCGGUGCCACCAUUGACAGCCGGCCAAUGGGAGAGAGGCGUGGAGCAGCUGAAGCAGGGAGGGCCACAUGGCGGAGAGCUAUUGGUGGAUGGGGAGAGAGCCCCUAGAGCUGGCGAGGUGAUGAGGAACCCGGGCAUGGCCAGCACGCUGAGGUUGCUGGGAGGGCAAGCAAGGGUUUUACACGGGCCCAGUGGCCGAAGCCAUAGUGGCAGCAGUGCAGUCCCAAGGCGGCCUGCUCUCUUUGGAAGACCUCGCCUCCCACACCUCCUCCUUCGCCCCCCCAUCUGCACCACCUUCCGAGGCCUCACCAUCUGGGAAGUGCCCCCCCCCACGCAUGGCGUAGCCGCCCUCAUCGCACUCAACAUCACCGAGGCUUUCUAUGCAGCGAACGGGAUUCCCGGGGCUGCGGACAAGGCUCGGGGAACGGGGUCCGAAGCUGCGGGCGAGGGUCGGGAGGGAGAAUGGGGCACGGCGGACCAGGUGCAUGUGAUGAUUGAGGCCAUGCGGAUGGGGUUUGCCGAUGCGCUGGCAUGUGUCGCCGACCCAGAGCACGUGCAGGUACCCCUGGGGAAGGCAUUAUCCAAGGAGUACGCAAAGAAACGAGCCGGGGAAAUAGAUCUGAAACGGGCUGGGGCUGUGGAACCCGGGAUUGAGCCAGGAUCAGCCGAAGGAGCAGAGAAAGCAGGGGAGAAGAAGGGGGUGGAUCGGUGGGGAGAGGUUGGGACAGAUACAGUGUACUUUUGUGCGGUGGAUGGCGAGGGCAAUGCGUGCAGCAUGAUCAACUCCAACUACAUGGGCUUCGGCACGGGCAUCGUCCCCAAGGGGUGCGGCUUCCCUCUGCAGAACCGCGGGCACAACUUCUCCCUGGACCCCAACCACCCCAACUGCCUGGCGCCAGGCAAGCGCCCCUACCACACCAUCAUCCCCGGCCUUGCCACCUGGGGUGAUACCCCCUCGCCUCCCCCUGCCUCUGCCUCUACCUCUGCCUCUGCCUCUGCCUCUGCCUCUGCCUCUGCCUCUGCCUCUGCCUCUGCCUCUGCCUCUGCCUCUGCCUCUGCCUCUGCCUCUGCCUCUGCCUCUACCUCUGCCUCUGCCGCCGCCGAUGCACCUGCCGCCGCCGAUGCGUCUGCCGCCGCCGAGGCAGGGGCAGAAGCAGAGGCCAGAGGCGAUGCAGGGGUCCCAGCAGGCGAGCUGCACUGCACGUUUGGAGUGAUGGGUGGAUUCAUGCAACCCCAGGGCCACCUGCAGGUCGUCACCAACCUCGCCCUCUUCUCGCUCCACGCCCAGGCCGCCCUCGAUCGCCCCCGCUUCUGCCUCUCCGGCCUCCCUUCCCUAGAACCGCCUGGGCACGGGCCCGGGCCAAUGAGGGAGAGCCACGUGGCGAUAGAAGAGGGGCCGGGGAUGGAGGAGGUGGCACGAGAGUUGCGGAGGAGGGGGCAUGUGUUGGAGGUGGUGGGGGGGGAGGGGAGAGAGGUGUUUGGAAAGGGGCAGGUGAUCGUGAGGGAGCGAGGGAGUGGGGUGCUGUGGGGGGGGUCGGAGGGACGGGCGGAUGGGUGUGCCAUGGGGUUUUGAAGGUGGUACAGUAGAUUACGAGUUCCGUUUGCUUAAGUACGGAGUGUUGCAAUCAAAUUGUAGCAGCAUUAUCUUCACUUUUAUUCCCAUUGGGUCUGGAGCAGUCAAUGUCAACAUAUAUAUGUUAUAGGUUAGCCAGGUGCAUGCUCAUAUAGAGUGCAACCCCUUAGGUUAUAUUCCCUUGUACCACCUCAUUCUAGUC